AUGUUGCUUAAGGCCUCUCCCGCUUUUUCUAUCUUGACCUCCGGCGUUGGAGAUCGAUUUCCUUCAAUUAAGUGCCGUGAAUCUAGGCUUCUUGUUCGGGCGGCGAAAGGAACGAGCACCAAGUCGUUAACGGGAGUUGUGUUCGAGCCUUUUGAGGAAGUUAAGAAAGACAUGGAUCUGCUCGUUCCCACAACUCCUUUAGCUUCUCUCGCACGCCACAAGUUCGCAGACGAGUCUGAAUCUGCGGUUAACGAACAGAUCAAUGUGGAGUACAAUGUGUCCUACAUCUAUCAUGCUUUGUAUGCAUACUUUGACAGAGAUAAUGUUGGUUUGAAAGGUUUCGCCAAUUUCUUCAAAGAUUCGUCUGUUGAAGAACGAGGUCACGCUGAGAAGUUUAUGGAGUACCAGAACAAACGUGGUGGGAGAGUGAAGCUACAGUCUAUUUUGAUGCCAUUCUCUGAGUUUGAUCACGAGGAGAAGGGUGAUGCCUUGUAUGCUAUGGAGCUUGCACUAUCUUUGGAGAAACUUACAAAUGAAAAGCUUCUCAAGUUGCAAAGUGUUGGUGUGAAAAACAACGAUGUUCAGCUAGUUGAUUUUGUCGAAUCUGAGUUUCUAGGAGAGCAGGUGGAAGCUAUCAAGAAAAUCUCAGAGUACGUUGCCCAGCUAAGAAGAAUUGGAAAGGGUCAUGGGGUGUGGCAUUUUGACCAAAUGCUUCUGGAUGACCAAGCGCUUGUGCAUGGGGGUUAA